CCUAAUUCACAACAAGUUGGACACGUAAAUGGAAUGGGUUCAUAAAAACGACGCUUAAAUAUCGUCUUACUAAUCGAAGUGUCCUCCAGUCGUAUGUAAAAACAUGAUUUCCGACCUAAUAUUGUUUGGAACGUUGAUGGUCAAUGCUGGUGCUGUUUUGAACUUCAACUUUAAGAAGAAACAAAAUGAGACGCAAGGCUUUGGAGAAAAGGACGCCUCUGAACCAACAACGGGAGACCAAAUCCGGCAGUUCCUUCAAAACUUGAAAUUCUUCCGCAUCUUUAUCGGUCUGUGGAAUAUUGCCGUCAUCCUCAUGAUGCUAGUAUUAUUUGGCUCGUAGCAGUCGUUCUGUCUGGCCGUGUACAUAUACACACAAGUGGUGACGUCGGGAUGGAAAAGGCUAGCUGAGUUUGUUGUGGGGACUGGAAGCAUUAAUGGCAUGUAAAUGAGUGCAUGUGUAGCAUAAGGCUACAAGAUAAUAUCAGGACCCAUUAGGCCGUAAAUCGAAUGACAUCACGCUUUGUUUACAUUUGCGCUUUUUGCUCGUACCCCCGCCCUGCAAACAGGGCGCUGGUAAGGGCUGAUGAACUUCACAGAAUCUUGUGAAGGAAGUACAGAUUGACCUUCGCAUGCAGCUAGCGCGCGCUACGCAUGAUGGGCACCGGAAGCUAGUUUGUGUGACGCGUUCUACGUCACAGGUCACCCAAAUCUAUCCAAUGAGAGCUCAAAUGACAUCAGCCCUUACCAGCGUCCUGUUUGCAGGGCGGAGGGUACGAGCGAAUUUGCGCUUUUCUAUGUGGUAGACUGUACCUAAAUCGUCUGGCGUCCCGACUUCACUCCCAUAGGAAAGCGCACAUGUAAACAAAGCCAUUAUGUCAUUAGGUCUUAGGUCUAUUCAGCAGAAGAUUUUCCUUUGCAAAAUGAAUUCAUGAACAAAUUGAGCAGAAAACUAUCAG